AUGGCACUCGAGAAAGAGUCGUUGUCGUCGACACCACCUACCACCCACAACGAAUCAAUCCCACCUCUACCCAAUAACCACCAUCAUGAGCACCGUCACACCACCGUCGAAGGACAACCCCCAUUCAGAGAGCAUGGUCCGUUGAUCGAUCAUCACUUGACUCAUGAGGACGUCGUCCAAGCUGAGCCGGACCUCACUUGGAGUCGAAUACGUCACUUCUGCCGCGAACCAUUCGCCGAGUUCUUUGGUGUAUUCAUUCUAAUCCUGUUUGGCGACGGCGUCGUGGCUCAGGUCGUUCUCAGUAAUGGACUCAAGGGUGAUUAUCAAUCGAUCUCAUGGGGAUGGGGUCUGGGAGUAAUGCUUGGUGUUUAUACCGCUGGAAUAUCGGGAGCACAUCUCAACCCAGCAGUGACAUUCGCCAAUUGUGUCUUCCGCAAGUUUCCGUGGCGGAAGUUCCCUUUCUACAUGCUUGCUCAAGUAUUGGGGGCGAUGUGCGCCGCAGCUGUGGUCUAUGGAAAUUACAAGUCAGCCAUCGAUGUGUAUGAGGGAGGGCCCGGAUUAAGGACCGUACCUGGUUUCUCGGCAAACGCCACUGCUGGGAUCUUCUGCACCUAUCCAGCUGAGUUCAUGACCAAGACUGGACAGUUUUUUUCGGAGUUCAUCGCCAGCACUCUCCUCAUGUUCUUGAUCUACGCCCUCAAGGACGACGGAAACCUUGGGGCUGGUAACCUCACUCCACUGGGAUUGUUCUUCGUGAUCUUUGGAAUUGGUGCAUGCUUCGGUUGGGAGACAGGUUAUGCCAUCAACCUUGCUCGAGAUUUCGGACCAAGAUUGGUGAGUUACAUGCUAGGAUAUGGCCACCAUGUUUGGAGUGCCGGAAAUUACUAUUUUUGGGUUCCAAUGGUGGCCCCAUUCUUCGGCUGCACAUUUGGCGGCUUCUUGUACGAUGUCUUCCUCUUCACCGGCGAAUCCCCAAUCAACACAAAGGCCCUGGGUUUGGCAAGAUUGCUGCCCCAGAACUUGAACAGAAGGACAUGGUCAAACACAUAUAACUCCGAGGUUUGA